CUUUAUUGGGGUAAAAGAAAAAUAAAUAGCUUCGUUGAAAUUUCAACUUUAGAUGGAGACGUGGACAAAAAAAAAAGAAAUUUGUUUGGAUAGAGAGAGGGGAAGGUGGAUCCGAGCCCGCCGGGACCGGAGCUCACGUUGGCCCGUACAACUUCCUUUCUCGCCAUUCCCUCUUUCCCGGACGAUGAGAGAGCUCUCAAACUGCUCUGCUAUCAACACACGCAAAAAACAACCGCUCUUCUCUUUUCUCUUUUUUAACACUCUUUGCUUCUUCCCUCCCCACAUUCAAAACCUUCCAGUCUCCCUUAAAUUCCCUCUUCGUCAACUUCUCCUUUCAUUCUUCCGCUCCUUCCUCCCACUUCCAUUGAGCUCCCCAAAACCCAAAUGCCCGCUUCUUCCCCCAAUCACACUCACCAGGCAAGCUUGAUUACACACCCGCUCGCUCUCUUUCCUCUCGGUUUGGUUCCUUAGGAAAAGUAACGUUGAAAUUCUUUCUUUUGGGGUUCCCUGGGUCCAUUGAUGGAAAUGGCGGUUGUGGGUGAAGUGGGAUGAACAGAAAGUUCCAAUCUUCUUGUGUCUAGUUUGAGGGUUUCGCUUUUUAUAUAUAUGAUAGAAAGUUGGAUGUAAAGAAUUGAGCAUUGCCUCAUAUUUGCCUUUGGUCCAAGUUUCGGCUUUAGAACCUUUGAGUUGAUGCAUUGAUUGUUGUCCCGUCACAUUGUUCAUCAUUUGGAGAGAUUGAAGCAAGUUCUGGUUUCUUUUCUGGUAUCUACGGUUUUCUGCUUUGCUUAAUCACAUUAAAAUGAAUGGACCGUUCCAUCUUGGAUUGGGCUGGAGUUAGAUAAGAAUGUAACUUGCGCUUUCUUGAUGAAGCUUGAUUCUGGAAAGUUGGAAGUGUUUGUCGAAGGUCUCUAAUCGACAUUGUAUCUUUUGUUCAUUUGCAGGUCUAGUUUCUAAGUGAAAUGAUGCAAAGGAUUUCGGGCUCUUGGAAUCCUAAAUCAACGGCUUGGAUGAGGGCAUUUCCGAUGUGUUUUUCUUUACUACGAGCCCAUCGGCAUGGAAUCCAUGCCUUGAGUAGUCUUUGGCAGGAUAGCUUGCACAGAACAAGUAAGACACAUGGAAGCCAUUGGAGGUUUAAUGUGAUUAGUCCCAAACCGAAUGAACUUGAAGGAGGGUACAGUAGAAGAUGGAUUAGAAGUGCUACGACAUUGAAUGACACAAGACAGCAGCUUGCUGAGAGGAAAGACCUGCACAAGCUCUUGACGGUCAUUGUGUUUGAUAUCGAGACUACCGGGUUUCAAGGGCAGUUUAACCGGAUUGUCGAGAUUGCAUUUCGUGAUCUGGGAGGUGGCGAGAACAGCACGUUCGAGACCCUUGUUUAUCCUGAACGUCCAAUCUGUAACUCGUAUUUUCAUGGGAUUAACGAUGACAUGGUCAUGAAAGAUGGUGUUCCUAGGAUGGAAGAGCUGAUACCGAUUAUGGUACAGUAUAUAGAAAGUCGUCGAAAGCAAGAUGGCCAUGUACUGUUAGUAGCUCAUAACGGUCGUAGUUUCGACGUGCCAUUCCUCAAGUGCGAGUUCGAGCGGUGCAAUUCGCAGAUUCCUGCUGAUUGGUUCUUCUGUGAUAGUCUCCCUCUGGCGCGCAAAGUCUCGAAAAAUCACUGAAAGCUCUGGUACACAAGUAUAAGAUCAAGUUGGUGGGAAACCCACAUAGAGCCAUGACAGAUGUGAAUGCACUGUCAGAGAUUGUGCCGAAACUAACUCACGAUUCGAAAGUCUCGAUAGCCGACUUAGUCAAGGACUCAUUCACAGUCUCGGAGUUGAGCAAGACGCGUUCCAAGAAGAAAAAGCCGGCCAGUAAAGCUAAGUCAGAGACUUCAGAGCAGAAAGUUUAGUAGAAGUCUAGACCAUGGCGUUCACCUGCAGUUUAUUUGCAGUAGUAUGCCUUGCUUUGUUUCUCUGUUACUUCCUUGUUGCAAAAUCAUUGAUUGUACAUUCCCAGGCUGCCUUAGGCCAUUUUGAUGCCUAAUGGCAGCAAACAUUAUUGAUGCUAAAUCAAACUAGCUUUUCACCUCAAAACUCAAAAGAGAUUCAAUCAAAUCCCUAGUUUCAUUGAAUAACUAGAUAUAAAUAUUAUUCUUUUAG